CGGCCGAGCUUGCGUCAUGGUGCUGCACCCUGGUGGCCGGCGGUCUUCAUGGCCGGAACAGCCCGCUGAAUCGGGGCCGGUGUCUUGUGUGUGUGUGAGAGAGAGAGAGACGCUUGGAGGGACAUGGUCAUGGUGUGAUCGGGUGGUAUCAGGCGCUGACUCAUUGAAACGUGGAUGGUUAACUUUCUGGCAGCUAUAUAAAUGGUAGCUUCCUCGAAGGGCAAGUUCGUUUUUACUCCGACGUUUCUUCUUGUGAACGAUUCCGCCGGCGACAAGGAAAAUGACCUUCAUGUUGUUUACCGGCGGAUCCCGGUUUUCUGUGCUGAGGGCGCCGAAAAUGGUGUACCGGGAAAUCAGGAAAGGUGGCUUUGAUGUUAUCUGUCUUGACUGCACUGCACUGAGGUUAACAUGCAGCAGAAAUGUUUUGCUCAAAAAUUGCAGCACAGUAUCCACAAACUGCAAUUCUUUGUAUAUAAGGGAUCGUUAUAGUUGUUGGAGAAAAGAGUCAAAACGUUUAUACCGUGGUGUGGUGGGCUCUACUUGGCCAUGCACUUCUACCGAUAUGAAUUUUGUUGGAUCCCGUUAUGUUUCUGUAAGAUGGUGGCAUUCAACAAAUCAACUGUACGAUGACUCCAAAGUAGAAAAAUCGCUGAAAUCUCUAAAAGAUAAGAAUAAGCGACUGGAAGAAGGAGGUCCUGUAUAUAGCCCUAUAGAGCCUGAAGUGCGCAUAUCUUUGAGUCAGAAGAUUGUAGAGGAAGUUAAACAUUACUAUCAUGGCUUCCGAUUAUUAUGGAUUGACACAAAAAUAGCAGGCAGGAUGCUUUGGCGGAUUCUGAAUGGACAUACUCUGUCAAGACGAGAGCACAGACAGUUUUUGCGGACGUGUGCUGACCUUUUUCGUUUGGUGCCCUUCCUGGUUUUCAUAAUUGUUCCGUUCAUGGAAUUUCUUCUUCCUGUGGUUCUCAAGCUUUUCCCUAAUAUGCUUCCUUCAACCUUUGAGACAAAAUCUAAGAAGGAAGAAAGGUUGAAAAAGGAACUAAGAGUAAAACUUGAAAUGGCAAAAUUUCUUCAAGAUACAAUUGAAGAGAUUGCCCUGAGAAAUAAGGCAGCUAAAGGAGAUGUCACUAAAGACUUUUCCACAUUCUUCCAAAAGAUUCGAGAUUCUGGGGAGAGGCCCAGUAAUGAAGAGAUCAUGCGCUUUUCUAAACUAUUUGAGGACAACCUUACACUCGACAAUUUAACCCGUCCUCAGCUGGUUGCACUUUGUAAAUUGUUAGAGUUGCAGUCGAUAGGAACCAAUAACUUUCUACGAUUUCAACUCAUUAUGAAAUUGCGUGCCAUUCGUGCGGAUGACCAGUUAAUUGCAGAAGAAGGAGUACAGACACUGAAUGUAAAUGAACUGCAGGCAGCCUGUAGAACUCGGGGGAUGAGGGCACUUGGAGUGACUGAAGAACGUUUGCAAAACCAACUCAAGCAAUGGCUGGAUCUGCAUCUAAAUCAACAGAUUCCAACUUCACUGCUACUGUUGUCCAGAGCCAUGUUUCUUCCAGACACCCUUUCACCAGCUGAUCAACUUACAACAACUUUGCAGACUUUGCCAGAGAGUGUGACAAAGGAAGCUCAAGUGAAAGUAGCAGAAGUUGAAUGUGACAAGGUUGAUAACAAAGUCAAAUUAGAAGCAACAUUGCAAGAGGAAGCAGCCAUCAAAAUGGAGAACCAGGAGCGAGAGAUGGAGCGAAUGGCAGAAGCCGCUGAGAAAGCUAAAGAGAGCUUGCAAGUUGAAGCCAAGAAAGAAGUAGAAUCAGCAAUGCAUCUGGAAGCAGCAGCUGUCAAUGUGAAGGAGAGCCAAAUCGCUGUUGAUACAGAUCAGGAAUUGGCUAAGGUUGACCUGGCAGUACAUUCUGAGACCUUGAAAGAUACAGCCCCAGUAUUAGAAGGAAUAAAGGGUGAAGAAAUUACAAAGGAGGAAAUAGAUAUGCUCAGUGAUGCUUGCAUAAAGUUGCAAGAACAGAAGAAACUACUAACUAAAGAAAAGGAAGAGCUGGAGGAAUUAAAGGAUGAUGUACAGGAAUAUAAUGAGGGUUUGGAGGAGAUCAUGAAGGAAUUAUCUAAGACUGGCAAGGAAACGGAUGUGGAGGAGUCCAAAGCAAGCAAACGAUUAACCAAGAGAGUAAACAGGAUGAUUGGUCGAAUUGACACACUGAUUGGUGAGCUGGAAGACGGCAAAGAGAUGCUGGAUGGUCAAUUGGGCAAUGGCAUAAUGCCACCUGAUGGGGACAAUCUCAUCACCAUCAAUGAAUUGAUCAGUGCAAUGAAGCAGAUCCAGAAUAUACCACAGCACAAGUUGCAGAAGAUUGCUGAAACACUUGAUGAAAAUAAAGAUGGAAGGAUUGAUAUCAAUGAUGUAAUUAAAGUAGUGAAAUUAAUUGAUAAAGAGGACAUGGACAUCUCAACUAACCAGGUUGCAGAGAUUUUGGAAUUACUGCGCAAAGAAGAGAAAGUUGUUGAACAGCAGAAAGUGAAAGAGAAAUCUGAGAAGGAACAGGUGGCAGAAAGCCAGAACUAAAUGGCUUCAAUAAAUAAAGUCCUCGUGAUAUCAGAACCCAUCAAAUUCAUUUGUUUGAUUUUUUUUUUAACUUUGUCAAAAUAUUUGCAUAACUGGAGAAAUCAAGUGGAUGUAUGUACUGCAGAGAAAUUUUAGAGUACUGUAUUUUACUGGAGAAAUCAAAUAAUGUUCCAUUAAGAAUUGAAUCCCUCCAUUCCAGAUGCUUGGAAACAAUGGUUAAAUGUUUCUUUUUUGAAGUGCAAAUAAAAAAAAUGUUAUGAUGUGAUGAACUCAAAUAUUUAUAAAGAUGAACUAAAUAGCACGAAAUCACAGCCUUGGUGAUGAUCAGUCUUAGUACUUACAAUGAGCAUCCAGGUCAGCAAAUAGUGUUUAACGAAUGUCAUAUCUCUUGAAAUAUUUGCAAUAUGCAUAAUUCUAGACCUUGGCUUGUGGUCGUGUCCAUUAAAUCUAAUUUUGUAUGAAUUCCAAAGCUUUGUGCAUUCUGCAAUGGAAUUGGAUAAUUAUAUCAGACUAAAGAAUAUUUUAUAUUUUUGGAAUGGGCUAAAUUAUUGAACAUUUCCACUGGCUUGUUGCAAUCCUUGGGCACAUCUAAUGUACCCAUCAUGCUGCAUCUUUUCAGUUAUAGCUUACCCAUUUUUAAUAUAUUACCUUUGAGCUAUUUACUUAUGUGUGCUGCUACAUAGUGCAAACUUUCAUUUGCAUUGCACAAACCAUACAUUUGUCAAUCAAGGUUAAAAAAAAAAUAUAUACUCUGAUAUUCCCAAGUUUGUUUUUGAAGUGGUUAACUUUGUGGAGGAAAAAUCCAAGCCAUUGUCAAAUUGUACCUGUAAUUGUCUUGCAAAUAUUGUGGUGAUUGCUUUAAUUGAGAUGCAUAUAUCAAAAUUGGGCUAUACCAACGGGUAAAUAGUGUGACUAAUGAAAUUUGAUGUUAUUUACAAUUUUAUUGCCAAAUUUAAUAUUUUUGAAUUCUUGUGGUAAUAGGAAUAUGGAGUUCAAUUAAUAACUUUAGUUCUUCAUAACUGCAUGUUUUCAAAGUGCAGCUCCAUGUGAGUAGGAUAUGAGGAAGCAUUUCACGGUUCCAGUCCAUUUGGUACCGCCCAAGAUAUAAAUAUUGACCCUCAAUUAUUUCCAAAACUAGAUGUAUGAAACUAAAGACUGUAGGAAAUGGGUUGUAUAGUUACUUAUCUACCUGUGCAUUAUUUGCAUUUGUCAUUUAUGAUAUUUUCAACAUUUUUGUUUAGAAUCAGGAUUUUUUUCUAACUAAAUCAGUUGUCUCAAUGAUUACGUUGUCAAAAUGCCUCACGUGCUAAUGUACUUUUUACCAAUGAAGCUUGCAUAUUUUAGGCUGAAGAUUAUUUAAAUAUCACACUUCACGCAAACUUCAUUGAUAAACUUAUCUGAAGCAAUUUUUGGCCCUUUUUGUACACAUUUUCAGAUGUCACCAUUGCUUUCUACUGAGCUCAAAACGAAUGAAGCUUAUUGAGUUAAAAUGGUUUAUUCCAAUAACUAUUUAUAUUUUUCAGAAACAUCUGCAUGGAAUUAUUUAUUUAAUAAAUAAGUUAUAGUUCAAAUGAUUUUGUGCAUUGAAAAUGAGAUCCAUAUACCUUAAUAUUAAGUGCAUUAUGACUAGUUUCAAAGGCAAGCAAAGUGCCUGAAAUGGAUCACUGAAUUGGUUUGGGAGUGGGAUCACAAAUUUGGUAAGAGAAAGCUAUUUAAUUGUGUACUAAGUGUGAUUAAGCUAUGAUGUGAUUAGUUAGCCCUUUGGUUGAUGCAUCCUCCAUUAUCUUGCUUGUUCUGUUAUAACACCUGAUCAGCAAAAAUAUUUGUCCUGAAUUUUUUGUUUUCAUCCCCAAACCUGUUCACUGCUCCCUGCUGCUCUCAUUCCAGCUAUGGCAAAGUAUAAUACGUGAUCAUUUGGCAUAUCAGCUGAUUACAUGGAUUACAUGCAUUCCCUUUUGUCCCUAACCUGUUCAAGUAAGCCCUUUGGUUAAAGAUAAGGAUCCUGAAGGCACAAUUUUUGUAUUUCAGGCCACAAUAUAACGUUACAAAUGAUUUGUUAAUUCUAAUUGAGAUAUCAAAGAGAGAUAGUUGAUGUGGAGAAUGGAUCAUUUCAUACUAUUGAAGUAAUGUACUGUUCAGUGCUUAGGAAUCGGGUUGAAUUAUGCCCAGUCUGGAAUUAAAUGCGGGAUGGGGGUGGGUGUACAAGGAGGUCCGAAAAGUUAAACUGAGCAUUUAAUUAAGAAUGUUUCUGUGGAAAUGGUUAUGUGAUCACAAAAUAAAUGUAUCUACAAGUAAAGCAUUUAACAAAUUAAAAGGGAACUUGUUAAUUUAACAGCGUGGUUAAUACCUGGUGGAAAUUUGUGCACAAUUUGAGAGUGAACAAUUGCAUUUGUGAUGAUGGAAAAUUCAGUUUGUUGUAACUUCAACAUAUUUGUUGCUUCUGUUAAAUACAAACCAUGGUAUUGCUUUAUUAGAUUUUUCCUGCUUUAAUGUUUAUAUAUACAGAAGAUAGUGCAUUAAACUUUGAAAAAUCUCGUGGACACAUUUUUUAAACUAUUGAAACAAUGGGCUGGUCUACGAAAAACGUUAACUUCAAAGAAUUAAAAUUGUUCAAUAAUUGGAAACCCAAUAUGAUUAAAACACAAAGAAUUAAAUUUC